AAUCAUCUCCACCCACGAAGCAGCCGCGCAUCUCCCCCAGAUCCACCUCCCGCCUCCCCUUCUUGCUCGCCGAAGCUCUCGGAUCCAAUGGAAGGCGCGGAGGCGCGGUGUCCCGGCGGCGGCGACCCCAUGGACUUCUCGUGGACCGCCGACGGGGAGAACCAUGCGGCGGCUUGCGCCAGCCCCGGCCGCGACGAGGAGGACGCCCCGGCCCCGGCUCUUUCGCCGCAGGAGGUGGCGGAGUCUAUGAUUCUCGUGUCCGGGCCGCGCGUCGUCAUGUCCGGCCUCAGGAUGGGCGACUGCCGUUCAGACGACUCUGUUCUCUUCAUUAACGCUGGUGGCGGUGCAAUUGAAGGCUGUGAUUCCAACAUAAAGGUUACUGGUGAUUCAUUCUUUGAAGGAGGGGAUGUGAUAGAAACGAAUGAAAGCAUAAUUGAAGGUGGUGAUUGUCCCUCUAUUUACCACUCAGCACGCUAUGGCAGCUUCAGCUACAACUUCAACGGUCUUGCCCCUGGAGACUAUUUUCUAGAUCUGCAUUUUGCAGAGAUACUCUACACUUGUGGGCCAAAAGGACUCAGUACAUUUGAUGUCCUCGUGCAAGAUGAAAAGGUACUGUCUCAACUCGAUGUUUACGCUGUGGUUGGCGGAAACAGGCCCCUUCAAGUGCGUGAUAUUAGGGUUACUGUUGAGAUGAAUGGUGCUAUUAUGGUCGAUUUCAAAGGAGUAAGAGGAAGUCCCAUGGUUUGUGCGAUAUGCAUCCGAAAAGCACCAGUUUUAACAGCAAACUCAGUUACAGAUGGGAAUGCCUUGUGCAAAAGAUGUUCAGCAGAUAUUGAUUUUUCAAGUACCCAGACUAGGACAAGUAAACUGAUCUCAAAGUAUGAGAAACAGAUUGAGGAGCUAACCAGCCAAUGCACUAUGAAGACCAACGAAUGUUACAUGGCGUGGUCUUCAGUGGACACUACCAAUCUGGAGCUUGGAAGGCUUAAAAUAGAGCUUCACCAGAAGGGCGCUGAAAUGGAUAGUCUUGAGCAAGCUCUUGGUAGAGAGAGUGGCCAACUAAGAAAUGUUUCCCAGAAAUACGAAAAUGACAAGAAAUUGUGGACUGCUGCCAUAUCUAAUUUGGAAAGGAAAAUCAAGGCCAUGAAACAAGAGCAGGCACUGUUAUCUCUUGAAGCACAUGAUUGUGCAAAUGCAAUUCCUGAUUUGAGCAAGAUGAUUGGAGCAGUUCAGGCCCUAGUUGCACAGUGUGAGGAUUUAAAACUGAAGUAUUAUGAAGAGAUGGACAAGAGGAAGAAACUUCAUAAUAUUGUUCAGGAGACAAAAGGGAAUAUCAGGGUUUUCUGUAGGUGCCGACCCUUAAGCAAAGAUGAGGUGUCCUCAGGUCAGAAAUAUGUAGUGGAUUUUGAUGGAGCCAAUGAUGGGGACAUUGUAAUUACAAAUGCUGGAACAAGCAAAAAGACAUUCAGGUUCGAUAGAGUCUUCACACCAAAGGAUGAUCAAGAUGUUGUGUAUGCCGAUGCGUCUCCAUUGGUCACAUCAGUCUUAGAUGGCUACAACGUAUGCAUCUUUGCCUAUGGACAGACAGGAACAGGAAAGACCUUUACCAUGGAAGGUACUGAGAGGAACAGAGGAGUUAAUUAUAGAACUCUGGAAGAAUUGUUCAAGAUUGCAGAGGAGAGGAAAGAAAGUGUCACAUAUGACUUAUCUGUUAGUGUUCUUGAGGUUUACAACGAACAAAUAAGGGACCUUCUUGCAACGUCUCCAUCUAAAAAGCUGGAGAUCAAGCAGAGCAGUGAAGGAUAUCAUCAUGUGCCUGGAUUAGUGGAGGCCAAAGUCACGAACAUAAAGGAGGUUUGGGAUGUUUUGCUAGCUGGAAGCAAUGCAAGGGCUGUUGGUUCAAACAAUGUUAAUGAGCACAGCAGUCGCUCGCACUGCAUGCUAUGCAUCACGGUGAAGGCUAAGAACUUGCUGAAUGGAGAAUGUACAAGUAGCAAGCUUUGGCUUGUAGAUUUGGCUGGAAGUGAACGCUUAGCCAAGACUGAUGUGCAAGGUGAACGGCUUAAGGAAGCACAAAAUAUCAACAGAUCACUUUCUGCAUUGGGUGAUGUCAUUUCAGCUCUUGCUACGAAAAGCAGCCAUAUUCCCUACAGGAAUUCUAAGUUGACACACUUGCUGCAAGAUUGUCUAGGAGGAGACUCUAAAGCAUUGAUGUUUGUGCAAAUUAGCCCAUCUGAUAAUGAUGUAUCAGAAACCUUGAGUUCAUUAAACUUCGCCAGCCGUGUUCGACGUAUUGAAUUGGGACCAGCAAAGAAGCAAGUUGAUACUGUUGAACUUCAAAAGACCAAACAGAUGCUUGAAAGAGCUAAGCAAGAAGGCAGACUUAAGGAUGAUUCUUUGAGAAAGCUAGAAGAAAACUUACAAAAUUUGGAGACCAAAGCUAAAGGGAAAGAGCAACUUUGCAAAAACUUGCAAGAAAAGGUAAAAGAGCUUGAAGGGCAGUUAGAUUCCAAGGCACAUUCUCAAAUUACAUCGGAGAAACAGCAGCGCCAGCUUUCUGGAAAGCUAAAGGAGAAAGAAGAAAUGUGCACUGCCCUUCAGCAGAAGAUUGUGGAGUUGGAGUGCAAACUUAGACAGCCGCACCAAUCAGAGGUUGAAGUUCUCAAGCAAACGAUCAAAGAGCUGGAGUUCAAGUUGAAGGAACAAGAGCAUGACCGAUCAGCUGUGGAAUUAAAGAUCAAAGAGCUGGAGCUCAGGUUGAAGGAACAAGAACACCAGCGAUCUGUUGCGGAACUAAAGAACAAAGAGCUGGAGCUCAAGUUGAAGGAACAAGAGCACCAGCGAUCAGUUGCGGAACUAAAGGCAAGGGAAAUAGGACAUGAACUGUUGGAAACACAGAGAACCGAGGCAAUGCUUCAGAUUAAGCUGAGAGAUCUUGAAAGCAAGACCAAAGUGCAGGAAACAAACAUGACACUGGACUCCGCCAUUGCUACUCCUCGAGAGGCAAAGUUGCCGCUGUUUUCUAGGGAGGAAGCGAUGAGCGAGAAGGAGAAGCGCAUCCUAAGGAGCUCGAAUUCCCUGAACAAGCAGCAGCCUCUCAGCGAGAACUCUUCUGUUCCCGAUGGUCCUGAAGCAGCAGUCAACGAGAAGAAGAGAAAAGGUGAUGCAAGGAACGCGUCCAUCGGUGGUGAACAAGAGAACAACGGUCUUGCAGCUGGUCAGAAUGUUGGCAGGAAGAGGAGCCUGCCGGGCGAGCGUGAGGCAAGGGUCAAGAGGAAAUCAACCGAACCUCAAGUGAAGAAUCUGGGAAGGUCAACCGCAUCGUCAAGGGCCGCUGCCGCUGCUACACACAAGGUUGCUGCUCCUAGCUCCAGAGUCCCCAGGCAGCAACCAGGCGGGACCAAGACCAGAGGAUGGGUUAGGUAGAAGAUGAUGCCUCUAAACGCUGGUGUUUUAUGCGUGCCCGUAGUCUCGUGUAGUUGUAGGUUUCCGUUGUCUUGGAAGGCGGGCGGCUCAACUUUUUGCUGAGUCCUGCUGCAUCCUUGUACUGAAUGCAAGCCAACAAUCCUGUGUUGGGCUGUUGGUGGUGUAGCGUAGCACGUUUGGAGAUUCAACAGGAAGGGAGAAUUAGCUUUGUGUGGAGCGGGUGAUGAUCAUAUUAUGCUGCUGUUGGCGAGUCUUUAUUCCUGAUGCUAAUGUCCCGGGCACUCGGAUACUGUCAA